AAGAGAUCGCCAGCCUGCCACAGUAGCGCUGAGAUAUACAUCGUCGUCGUCGUCGUCGUCGAAGCUUUUGUGGCGGUGGACCGCCGCCGGUGGAAGCGGAAGGACCGCGGCUUGGCUUUGCUGAUCGCGCCGCGCGUGUACGAUGGAGCGGCGGAGCGGCGGCGGCGGCGGCAGCGGCGCGGGGAGCUGCCUGGGGAUGGUGGUAGUCGCGGUGGUGUCGACGAGCGUCAUCCUCCUCUCCUACCACCUCCACCGCCGGCUGGAGGCCGACCUCAGGGUGAGGAUCCUCGGCGGCGAAGGUGGAGCGGGAGCGGAGGACCAGGACCAUGACCGGCGCCGGCUCCGGCGCCGCCCGCGGCGGCCGCGGGACGCCAAGAAGAAGAAGGUGCGCUUCGCGGACGACGUGGCGGAGCCGUCGUCCAACAGCGAGGAGUACCGGCGGCGGGCGCGGUCGUCGUCGACGUACGGCGGCCAACCGCGCGCGAGCUAGCUAGCUAGCACACCACAAACGCCUCCGCGACGACCGGCCGGAGCGGGCGCCAUCGGCGACGGCGACGUACGGUGUGUGAGGGCCCUCGCGCGCCCGUCGCGCCGCCAGGCUUGUGGUCGCUGUAGCUUGCGUGUCGCGGCACGUGACGUGGCGUCGUGGCAUGCACGUCCACAGGUUUUGAGCUGCCGUCGUAACGUAGGGCUUGCGGUUUGCUGUGAGCUGUAAUAAAUUAAACUCAUCAACUGAGCUGUCAUCAUCUUUACAAAGGGCUUUGUGGGGAUCAUGUUGAUUUCC